CAAAAAAUCCCAGCAGCACUUCUACCAUUUUAUUUGCACCACAUCACAACACUUCAUUCACCAUGGGCAACCCAAGCGCAAAGAGAAAGAGACCAGAGGGUAUGGGCUACCGCAAGCCCAAGAAGCUCGUCAAGAAAUUCAAGAAGCAAAAGGCCUACCACAGCGACAGCGAAGACGAUGAGGUUCAAUCCACAAACACCAACACCAACACCAACUCGGACUUCAACCCUGUCAAUAUGGACGACUCGGAGGAUGAGGAAGUCGAGGAUACCCCUGCUGCUCCUGUCGUUCCUGUCCCUGCGCCCGAACCCGUCGCCGAGAAGAAGACCGCUCCCAAGCCUGUCGCUCCCGCCAAAUCAGAAUCAAAGCCCGCUGCCGUACAACCGAAACUCAAGUCGGCCUUGAAGAUGACAAAGAAGGUCGACCCGCCAUCAGAGAGUGAAGACGACGAGGCCGAGGAUGAUGAUGAGGACGAGGAAGAGGAGGACGACGAUCUAGAGGGCCUUGAUGCGCUGGACGACGAGGACCUCGACGACUCUGACCUGGAAGACGAUGACGAGAUGGAUCUCAGCGACAAUGAGGACGGAGAAGGAAGACAAAAGAAGACACGCAAGCGCAACGACCCUGCGGCCUUCGCCACAUCCAUGUCCAAGAUUCUGGGCACCAAGCUUACCACCUCAAAACGACAAGAUCCCGUUUUGUCGAGAAGUGCUGCUGCGACCGCCGCCUCCAAGGAACUGGCCGACCAGAAGCUCGAGCUCAAGGCAAAGAGAAAGAUGCAUGCCGAGAAAAGGGAGGCUCUGGACAAGGGCCGUGUCAAGGACGUCUUGGGCUUGAACACCCCCGAGGUCAGCACUGCCCAGAUCCAAGAGACUGAAAAGAGGUUACAGAAGACUGCCCAGCGUGGUGUUGUCAAAUUGUUCAACGCUGUCAGAGCUGCUCAAGUACAAGGAGAGCAGGCCCGAAGCGAAGCAAAGAAGGAGGGUGUGGUCGGUAUCUCACAAAGAGAGGAGAGAGUCAGUGAGAUGUCAAAGAAGGGUUUCCUCGACCUCAUUGCUACUGGAGGAAAGAAGGCCGCUGCUGUAGAGGCUUAGACCCUGUUUACGAUACCCGCUCAUAUUGCAUAUUUUGGUUCAUUAUCACCCA